AUGGAUGUACAAAUCGGGCCUGAGUUCGAGGUUUUCGCAAAUGCGCUUGACGACUGCCUCUCACCUCAUGGUACAGUUGAGGAUAAGCAUGCGAGAAUACUUGGGUUAGUCGACACGUAUUAUGAAUAUGCGGGCGAGAGGUUGGCACAUCUCCGCAAUCAAGUUCGACAGGGCUUGGUUGGCGACACUGAGAUGGACUUAGACGACGAUGAAGACUCCGAACCGGCACCGAGUUCAGAAGAGAUACGAGGAUGGGAGCAAGAGAGGCAAACAUGGGACCUUAUCCGUCGCUUGAUUCCGCUGAGAUAUCGCCUGCAAUCCACAGCCAGGGAGCAGCCUUCUUCCAACAACUUCAACGCUAGCCAACAAGGCGACGAUCUUUGGCGUGUUUUCCUGGAAAAGGAUGAAUUGGCUGUAGAAAGAAAGACAGUUUUAGAAUGGCUACAACAAGGUGCGAGGACCGGGCCCGAUAUUGACGACCUGGUGCGGGAACUUCAGCAGAACGCCGACCGAGGCGACAUUAUCGCACAUGGAUGGAUACACACCAGAUCCGCCAUCAAGCUAAAAAAGGGAGUUAUAGGGUCGGCCCGUCCAUUGGACGUGCAAUUCCCCGAAGUGGCACGUUUGCUGGUCAACUCGGACAAUGCGCCCCUUGUAGCAGAGCUAGAUCCAGACGCCGUUACUCGACAGGGACGAAAGCUGGAGCCGCAAGACGAGUACUUUGAGCGAGCUAUAUGGGUUGGUUGCUUCCAACUUCUUCGCAGAGGCAACAGCCUGGAGACUAUAAGAGACUGGUGUUUGGAGAGGACAGAGGUUUGGAGAGCGGUGUCAAUGUCCGCGCUGCCUCUUGCGACCGAGCCUGGUAAUCCAACGCUGGUGGAUGACCCGUCUGCACUCGCCCUUUGGAGACGCAUGUGCUUUGCCCUCGCACGUCAAGGCGGCUCCGACGAUAUUGAGAGAGCUGUCUAUGGCCUGCUAGCAGGAGACAUCCCCAGCGUACAGAAGCUAUGCAAAACUUGGGAUGAUUUCAUGUUUAUGCACUACAAUGCCCUUAUUCGUACCCAAUUCGAUACAUUUGUCUUGGGUCGGUGUUCUUCGGAAGCAGCCGCCUCCCUUCGCUCUUCGUUUCCUGCGUUCGACGCUGUUCAAUUCCAUGGUGAUCCGAUGACACUGGAGCAACGUUUAAUCAAAUCAUUGGAAACCAAUCCGCACACGCGCAAAGAAGCAAUUGACCCUGUCAAGACCCUUCAAGCCGCCAUUAUUGCGUGGGAUCUUGAGCGACAUUUCUACGAACAAGGCGUUGCUGUCACCCAAAAGGCCAACACCACAGAGCCUUCUGUGCUCAUGCCUGACGAUUGCUGUCGCAAUAUAAACGUGGCGCAGGAGAAAUUUGCCGAUAUGCAUACGCCUGAUCGUUUGCGUCUGGCCGUACAUGCGCUUAUCAUCUUUUCUGCCUUAGACCGGCUCGGAAUGUCAUCAAGUUCGGCUACGCUAAGCACAGAGUAUGAUCGUCGCGAAUUGCAGGAAAAUGUGAUCACAGUCUACAUCAGCUUGCUUCGGUUGGCAGGCUAUGAAGAAUUGAUUCCCUUAUAUUGCUCUAGGCUCCUUGGUCCUCGGGCUUUCCAAGUCCUGAGCACCAACAUACUACCAAUCACAGAUCGUGAAUCUCGUCUCGUUCAGCUCAGCCUCAUCCGCAAGGCUGGGUUGGAUGUACUAAAGUUUGUCAAAAUGCAACCCCAGCUUAUAUUCAAGAGUUUGGAAGAUGAGAUGACGGAGGACUACCUGGCCAACAAACAACUCCAGAUCAUGGAAAGUGGCCCAGGAUCUUUAAAGUACGGACGUUCUAUUAAGACAGACUUCUUCGGAGAAGACCCGGAAUUCAUUGACCCCUCCGAUGAUCGUCUCAUUCGGUCAGUCGAAUGGCUCCUGCUUGUUCACGAGGCGUGGCCUGAUGUCUUCGCUGUUGGUGUCUCUGUUUAUAAAUACUUUCUCAAACACAUGCAUUUGAAUGCUGCCAGAAGCCUUGCGAGUCGUGUACCAUUCAGUGCCAUUAUGCGACAGAGAGUCGAUUUUCCUGACCAGGAGGAGAAUGACUUGUGGCUUGAAGACAUGGAAUUCUGGGCCAGCCAGAUUGAGCCUGCGGAUGCAACACAACUUUUGCCCAGUCGGCUUGCUUCUGAGGCACGAACGCUGCGCGAACUCGAGUGCCUAGUUAAGGCGUUGGACACGAUGGAAACCAUUGCGUCGUUAGCAGAGCUUUCGAGAGAGGACCCAUCUGUCAAGAGAGACUUUUGGACCAAAGUUGGCAAUGAAGUGAAAUCCGCUAAAGAUUACGUGCGACCGCUACUCAAAAACUGGCUGCUGGGCCAAGAUGAUCCAGAACUGGCAGUUCUACGGGACACAUAUUUGCCUGAAACUCUCCUCGCAUACAUCAGCGUCUUGCAUUUUGCUGGUACUACUUUGACAAGGGACAACUUUCUGGAAUGUAUGGAGUUAGCGGCUACCAUUGCUGAAAAGGGCUCCGACCUUGCAGUGUGUUUCAUAAAAGCCAACAGGAUGAAAGAGUUGGUUGAAGCCUUCGCUGCUUGCAGCAAAGCAUUGGCUAUUGCCUCGGGCGAAAAGAAGGUAGCUGGUUCAAGCAACAAGAAGCUGCGCGAAGUGGGCUGGUCUCGAGAUAUCUGGUCUGUCAAGCCUUAA